AUGGCCGGAGCCCUCCUCCCGGCGGCGGAGAUGACGGCGAGUGGCCGCCCCGUAUUAAAACCCGGAGAGGUGGAGUGCUCCCUCCUCUCCGCCGUUGACCUCCUAUCGGAAGACUCCCCCACCUUCCCAAACCUCAAAUCCGGCAUCCUCAUCCUCACCACGCACCGCCUCCUCUGGCUUCCACCGGAAGCCGCCCCCAACGGCCCAACAAGCCGCCCCUGUUUUAUCCCUCUCUCAGCAGUCCAACACAUCUUCUCCACCAAAAAGUCGAUCAAAUCCAUGUUCCACAGCCCUAGGAUUCGUUUCCAGGUUUUCGCCACGGCCGAGGGGGCCAUCUCGGAGAACGGUGGCCUGAAAUCUCUGGCGGUCACUUUGAUAGUGAGAGGGAAAACUGACCCAGAUACAUUUUUGGCGAAAUUUUGGGAAGCUUGGAGAGGAAGGGCCUGGGAGGCACAGGAGAAGUCAGAGUCCGGCGAGGGGUCGGCUUCGGGAUUGUUGGCUAUCCGAGCGCCGGUGGUUGGUGUUGCUGGUAUAUUGAGGAAAGAGCAGGAGCUGUGGGAGAGUACUGACAAGAACUUGCAGGAUGCUUUUCAGGAUUUGAAUGCUCUCAUGGUCUCAAGUUCAGAAUUUAACACAGUUUUAGAAUUUACCUUCGUGUGGAUUGUGCUUGUGAAGACAUUCCUUUUUAUGCAUAAAACUGUUCAAAGUAAAGCAAAGGAGAUGGUGAUGCUGGCCGAGAAGAUGAGAUUAAAGCUUCUCUCAGGAUCUAAUAAUCAAACUAGUGGACCCAAUGAUGAUGAGAUGGGUUCUAAGGAAGAGAUGCAAGAUUGGUUAUUGAGUGUUGGUAUUGUAUCUCCUGUUACAAAGGAGUCAGCUGGUGCUUUGUAUCAUCAACAGCUAUCUCGUCAGUUGUCCAUUGCAAAUGGAGCUGGAAGAGUCAUUGUUGACAAUUCUCCUGGCAUAGUGCUAAUAAUGGACUAUAUCAAAAUGGCUCAAUUAAAUUCUAGUGCUUCUUCUAUUAGUGAAGUUUCUAGAAAAAAAAAAUAUAUCAAACGACGCAAUGCACCUUGGGUCGCUACGGAAACAGCCUCCUUGUAUAAUUACAAGGGUAAGUUGGCAGAUUUUGUCAAGAUACCCUUAGAGAGGGCUGGAGGAAUGAUUAAUCUGAUAGAUGUUUAUUGUCUCUUCAAUCGAGCCCGUGGCACAGAAUUGAUCUCUCCUGAUGAUUUACUGCAAGCAUGUUCUCUCUGGGAAAAGUUUGAUGUGUCGGUUAUGCUACGGAAAUUUGACAGUGGUGUCAUGGUGAUCCAGAGCAAAACCCACAGUGAUGAAGAGGUAUUUGCCAGGAUUAGGUCUUUGAUUAUGAAGCCUGAGGCCUUACGAGCUGGCAUCAGUGCCUCUGAUGCUGCUAUGACUCUUGGUGUUGCUCCAGCUAUGGCUAAGGAGUAUCUGCUUGCUGCUGAAGGAAAAGGCAUACUAUCUACUCCCAGAUUGCUAUGUAGAGAUGUCAGUCCAGAUGGCUUUCGUUUCUACAUCAAUUUAUUUCUGGAACUUUACCCAGAAAAUCUAUACAUGUAAGUGGAAGAAAAUGUGGCCAACCAUCGCUAUUUUUGCUGCAUGUUAUGUGUUAGUCGUAUACUCAGUAUGGGAUGGAAGACCAAAAUCAAUUCCAUUUUUCACUGUCUUCUGUAAAAUUUUGACUCAAAUGAAAAAGAAAAAAUAAAAAAUUGUAGGCACUUGCAUUAGUUAUUAACCUACGGCCUUUGGAGAUACUUACAAUUCUAAUGUUCGUCAAGAAUUGGUGGAUAGAGGAAAUGCUAUUCAUCAGCACAGGUUAUCCCGUGAUCUAAAAUUGUUUGCGUGCAGACCUUAGCAUGUGUCUCAAUGAUAUGAAAUUCAUGUGACAAGUGGUAUAGAUUUACCUUACAGUAAGAUAUAUACUAAUGCUUGUUUGAAAUAAAUUUCACUCAUUCUAGUGAAAUUUGAAUAGAAUAGAGGUUCUUUGUUAUUCAUUUAAUCUCAUACAAGCGAAGGUACAGUACCAGAUUAUCUGAUCCCAUUUCUAGAUUGGCUGACCGGAUUCUUUUGUUUUUAUUUAUUUUUCUUUACCAUUCUAUGUACUUUCCUUUUCGGCGCAGGGUGAAAGAUCACAGUCGAUAUAGCACCUGGAUUGGGGCCGUGUUAUCCAGAUGAAAAUUGUGCAUCAAAUAGAGAAUUUUUGCAUUUGCUUCAUCCAGGGCAAACAGAAAAGAACAAUGUAUUGAAUUGGAGUAGCUACCCGAACUGGAUAAAAUAGUACUAUAAUAACUGGGGCUCGGACACCAUAGUUUCUUCUACAAAAAUUGUCCAAGAUUAUGACAAGGCAAAGUGAUGGCCAGACACAACAACACUUCCUUCACGGUGGAUUUUAUCAUUCAAAGACGAGUUAAAUUGUACGGAGUAUACGUUAAAAUGGUUUAAGGGCUUUCGGAUAUUUUGCCUCUAGUAUUCUUCUUCCCCUUCUUCUUCUUCAUGGGAGUGCAAAUGGGAAAUUUUUCUGCAGUCAUGUGUAUAAGUAAAAUAUUGAUAAGUGAAAUAAUUAAAACGUAUGGCAAUAUAUGG